AUGAGCGAUUGCCUUGUAUUUCUACUGGCUAUUAAAUGGCGUGAGAAAGCACUUGUUGAGCAAGUUUACCUUGAUCGUGUGCGGGUCAAGAACUGUUCCAAAAAGCGUCAUGACCAGUGUUUUGUUUCCCAAUGAAUAGCCAGCGAAACUCACUGCUAAAUUAAAUAUUCCAUUAGUUUGUAUUUACCAGCUUUUAAACAAGAAGACCAAGGGGGUUUUGUUGUUGACCCUGCCGGAAUGAACUCGCCUGAAGUGUUUGUUGUCGAAGGUCCAGCUUCAGGCUCGGUGUAUAUAGAUAAUUCAGCCUGAAAAGAUAAAGGCCCUUAUAGACAUAAAAGCCACUCAGUGGCUGCGAGCAUCUAUAUCCAGAGUUGCUUGUUGAGGAAAACUUUCUCGACUGUCCUACAUGCGUCCUCUUUCUAUAGCUUUGGUUUUAUUACAUUUAAUAGAAGCACUUAACAUGUCUGAAAUACAACCGUGUAUCCAAGGUUGGACCUAUACCAAUCACUUUUUCGUUUAUUAAGAUUACAAAUCCUUUCACAAGAAUCUAUGCACCGUCAUUAUUCCAGCUCAAAUUUCUUUUUCAGAUUUCUUGGACUCAAACCAGUCCUCAGAAUCAAAAUGGUAAGUGACAUUAAGACAUGCACGAUAUAGCUCGAUCUAUCAGUGCUGAAAUGCUUCAGUGAAAAUGGGAAAAUUGAAAAAAAAAUCUACAGCACUGGAAAAUAUCCAUAGAAGAUCCAUAGAAGUGAAAUUGUAUGAACCUUUAUUGGAAAUAGAAUGGAUUUUGAUUAUCCAUAAUAAUUGUAUAUUCCCAUGCAUACUAUAUGAUGUAUCGAAAUAGGAUGGAUAUACUAUGGAUUUAGUGGUGCAAUUGCAAAUUUCGUAGUAUGGAUUUCACUUUUUUUUCUCUUGCAGUGCAGUGUUUAGUAGAGUUAAACUAUAGAAGCAUUCUCACAUCAUGCGAUUGAUCCGGAAUAUGACGGACAAAAGCAUUGGCCAAAUAUAUGUGCAGAUUUCUGUUUUAUAAUUACAGUUUCUAAUAUACAUAUAACGUAUACCGAACAUAAGAUCAUCAGAUUCAUUUGUAUUGCAAAUAAGGCUGUGUUUACACUGUACAGAUAGCUUGCCGUAGCGACGUGAAAAAACAUCUAUCCGUACCUUUUAGGAACGCUAUCUUCAGAGGAAUUAUUGCAACGGAGAAAUGUUGUUUCGCUCAGCUUCUGAAAGUUGUACAUUCCGUAUCGGAUAGAUGCUUUUUCGCGCCGCUACGGAAAGCUAUCUGGUAUAGUGGAAAUGUAGCUUAAUUUAAGGCUUACAGUUGAUUCUUCGAUGCAAGAUUCGUCAGAUUCUAUUAAAAAAGCCGUGUUAAGGAAAAGUUAACAAAUAAUUUAUUUAUUCUUAAUUUCUGGUUGAUGCGGUUUAUGUCACAUUUCAUAAAGCGCAAUUUAUUUCGCAGCGUGGUCUUUAUUGAAUCGUGUACAUGUCAAUUUGGUUUGUUGUGCAAAUUGCGGUCAGGUCAAAUCUUGUUAACAUCAUGCAUAUAUUAUUAUGAUCUCUCAAAAGUUGGACACCAGUGUGGGCAGUAUAUUCUACAAUAAGCUGCUGUGGUUUGUGUCUGAGAACUAGUUAAAAACAAUUAUAAAAUUCUAAGAAAACUCCGAAGGCUUUAUUUGUGGACCAUUAUAUCGGCUACUUACUUCUGACUUAAGAAAAGACUUUUGUUUGGAAAUAUCUUAAGUGUUUCAAGUAGUUCAGACAUUUCGGCAGUUUAUAUUCGAAUAUUGGCCGUGAACUGUAUAUGUUCAACCAUUUCAAGUGAGAGUAGUAAGGCCCAUCCUUAUAGCGCCACUAACUCAAGACAAAGUAUUUACUGAAAAAUUGGAGCGUUUAAUAGUUAAUCUGUUCAGUACAGACCACUGAUACAGACACAAACCACGGCAUUGAGCUUAUCGCUUCUUCAUUAUUAUUAUUAAUCAAUACUAUUACAAAUGAUUUCGAGAACGCGUCUCAGAGCCGAUUUCGGUAUUUUUCAUCUUAAAUCCUGUCGUCUAAAACAAGUUGAUAGACUCCAAUCCACUACGCCAAAAAAAUAGGAAUGUAGGAAUACGUUUUGAUGUUCAAAUCAAGUGAAAUCAAUUUUGUUUGUUACUUUUUUAAAAUACAUAAAAUCGAUGCCAGCAUCGCGGCAUGGCAGAUCAUGUAAACAGCCCGAUAGCUAAAAAUACUUCAAGUACAAGGCACAUAAAAAAUGCAUUAGAUUUUUAUUAAUAUCUUGUUAAUCAUCUUGUCCAAUAAUUAAAAUGAAACAAUGAACGCGAAUUUUUUAUUAGUAUUAAAAAUUUAAAUCUAAUUGGAAGGAACGACACGAAAUGGGAAAUAAAUAUUGUUGUCUCAGAAUGAAGUCUUGUUCAUAACCUUGUAUGUGGUGGAUUCCAACAGCGAACUCUUCGUAAACAGAGCUGAGUCGCUAUAGCGAUAUAUAAACAACUAAAUAUAACGUGCUUGCAUACAUGAAAUUUUUACCACUAGAUGAGUUCAAGUCAAAAUGAAUUAUUAGAACUGACCACAAAUUAUUCAUUCCCACUCUGCAUAAACCAAGCACAGUUCGCCGAUUAUGUUGGCCAAUAUGUAGUUCCAUUUACACUUUGUAAUGGACAUUUAACACCAUAUAAGAUUAUAUAAUACAAUUUUCUUGAAUCACUAACGCCGCACCGGAAUCUUAAUACUUACGUUAUCUCUGUGUAACGCCUAGAAAAUACUAAACUAACUUUAUUUAAUUUGAUGGCCUUGCUUCCCUCACCUUCUCUGCAAUGUCUACCACUUUACACAUGAUCUCUUCAUUCCAUAAUGUCUCUGACCAGCUCUCCUUCAUCUCUUCUUAUUACGUGUCCAUACCAUCUCAACCUUGCUUCCCUCACCUUCUCUGCAAUGUCUACCACCCCACAUCUUCUGAUUUCUUCAUUCCAUAAUGUCUCUGACCAGCUCUCCUUCAUCUCUUCUUAUUACGUGUCCAUACCAUAUCAACCUUGCUUCCCUCACCUUCUCUGCAAUGUCUACCACCCCACAUCUUCUGAUCUCUUCAUUCCAUAAUGUCUCUGACCAGCUCUCCUUCAUCUCUUCUUCUUACACGUCCAUACCAUCACAGCCUUGCUUCCCUCACCUUCUCUGCAAUGUCUACCACUCUACAUCUUCUUCUGAUCUCUUCAUUCCAUAAUGUCUCUGACCAGCUCUCUUUCAUCUCUUCUUCUUACACGUCCGUGCCAUCACAGCCUUGCUUCCCUCACCUUCUCUGCAAUGUCUACCACUCUACAUCUUCUUCUGAUCUCUUCAUUCCAUAAUGUCUCUGACCAGCUCUCUUUCAUCUCUUCUUCUUACACGUCCGUGCCAUCACAGCCUUGCUUCCCUCACCUUUUCAAUGAUGUAAAUAACGAUUUGAAGAACUACGGCGUACUCGAAUGCUCAAUUAGCGAAUGCAAAUUAUAGUCGCCUUUAUCUUAGAGUAAAGAUGUCAUUUGUUGAUGAGCACUUUCUCGUUGCGUUGUAUUUGCCAAACUCUUCAUUUUCACGGCUCGUGACCACGCCAACAGAGUAAAACGUUCAAAUCUUGGGGUGUUUUAUGUGAGUUCACUUACUAUUGCUACUUCAGGGAAUUUUGGGGUUGUUUAAAAGAAAGAUGAGUGGUUUAAAAGUUUAGUAAUGUAUGUUUUCGCUCAAAUACAAAUAUCGCCGUUGUUGGUUGCCAAUGACUACAAACUCGCUAAUGUCUACAACCCAACAUCGUUUUCUAAUCUCUCCAUUCUUCAUAUUUGUCCUUCAUACAACAGCCGAACAGCGCCGGUCUCAACACUCGCUUUAUGUUCUGUAGGCACUCAUAUACCAUGGUUUCACGAUGCAGACAAUUACUGGGACUUUGAUGCAGUCAUCAACGAUAUCGUUGAAGAUUUGAAAGGCGAUCGACAUUCAAGAAUUGUUGGAAAUUACAAUCUGUUUCCAGGACCAAAAGGCAACGCGUUAGAAUUACUAGAAGUCAACAACCUUUUGAAAUCGUAUGUGAUCCUGGGGGAUUUUAGUGGGACGUGUCUUCCUGAUCCUGCGCGAUGUAAGUCUGGAUUCACUAUAAGUUUCUGGGUGAACUUAAAGAAAGUUUUGCACGAUGGAGUUUUGUUGCAACUUGGCCCGAGUAGAAAACGCCGUGGAGUAACUAUAAAUACACAACACAAAGAAGGGAAAAUAUUUCUAAUAUUUUAUGGUAACACUCGUAAACGAAGCUACACUAUAAAAGCAGAGCUAUUGUCUCACAUAUGGCAUCAUGUUAUACUAAUUUGGGAUGCAAAGGCUAAACCGAAAAUGUCUUUGUUUGUUAACUGUACGAGCGGGGAUCAUUUUAAAGCAAGCAUCAAAGAGCGGAAGGACGAAAAGGGAAAGGGGAAGAAGUUGAUUCUGGGAGCCAAUCAUGCAGGGAAGAAAGCAAUUCCCAUUGCAGUUGACGACUUUGCCAUUUGGUUCAAGAGUUUGAAACAGGAACGACUGUGUGAGAUUAUUAAUCAAGAAAGAGGUACGUUAAGAUAUUGUACGAAUUUAACUAAAUCUAUUUAUACUGGAUACUCUAUCAGGAUGAUGGCCCAGUGCUAGUACAGGAGAGAAUUGAUGCCGGUACAAAAGUAAAAACGCACAAGUUGUAACAAACCUGCAGCAGACUUGUAACAAUGCUGUUCCAACAACUUGUCAACAGGAUGUGUUCGCACUGCUUGUUCCCACGGUUUGUUGACAAGUUGUCAACAGCUUGUUGGCAACUUGCUACAAGGUUGUUGAGCUCAACAGAUUUGUUAAAGUCGUUCCAAUAACUUGUUAUCGUCCUGCAAUUCAAGCACCAAGUUGCGAGUGACAACCUUGUAGCAACUUGAUAAAACAACAGCAUUGUUACAACUUGUUGACAAGCUUGCUAUAAGCCUGUUGCGAACACAUCUUCUUGACAAGUUGUGAGAUUUUUACGUGCGUAAACCACUGCUGUACAACCGAGCAGCAGGCUACUCAGUUUUCAAGUACUGCAGACUUCAGACGCAUAUCUUUCUUUAUUUUUCUAGUCCACGGAAACUACUCGUCGUGGUCAGAUUUUACAUCUUGCUCUGUCACAUGCGGCCUUGGUACAAAAACCAGGAAAAGAGGGUGCAACAAUCCCAUUCCUGAUUAUGGAGGAAGAAACUGCAGCAAACUAGGUCCAUCAUCACAGACAGUGGAGUGUGAUAUGGGACAUUGUCCUAUUCCAGGGGGCUACACCCCUUGGUCUAACUUUUCUGGAUGUUCUGUCUCAUGUGGCGGUGGGGGUAAACGGUAUAGAACUCGAAAUUGCACCAACCCCAAACCUCAGUACGGAGGUCAAGAUUGUUCUAAAAUUGGUCCAACAAUGGAGACAGUUGAAUGUGGUAAGGACCGUUGUCCUAUCUCAGGGGGCUAUACCACUUGGUCCAACUUUUCAGAAUGUUCUGUCUCAUGUGGCGGUGGAGGUACACGGUAUAGAACUCGAAAUUGUACCCAACCUAUACCUCAAUAUGGAGGUCAAAAUUGUUCUAAAAUUGGUCCAACAAUGGAGACAGUUGAGUGUGGUGAGGACCCGUGUCCUAUUCCUGGGGGCUACACCCCUUGGUCUAACUUUUCAGAAUGUUCUGUCUCAUGUGGCGGUGGGGGUAAACGGUAUAGAACUCGAAAUUGCACCAACCCCAAACCUCAGUACGGAGGUCAAGAUUGUUCUAAAAUUGGUCCAACAAUGGAGACAGUUGAAUGUGGUAAGGACCCUUGUCCUAUCUCAGGGGGCUAUACCACUUGGUCCAACUUUUCAGAAUGUUCUGUCUCAUGUGGCGGUGGAGGUACACGGUAUAGAACUCGAAAUUGUACCCAACCUAUACCUCAGUAUGGUGGUCAAAAUUGUUCUAACAUUGGUCCAGCUUUACAGACAGUGGAGUGUAAACUUAUUCCUUGCCCUAUUCCAGGGGGCUACACCCCUUGGUCUAACUUUUCUGAAUGUUCUGUCUCAUGUGGCGGUGGGGGUACACGGUAUAGAACUCGAAAUUGUACCCAACCUAUACCUCAGUAUGGUGGUCAAAAUUGCUCUAACAUUGGACCAGCAAUAGAGACAGUUGAGUGUGGUAAGGACCCUUGUCCUAUUCCAGGGGGCUACACCCCUUGGUCAAACUUUUCUGAAUGUUCUGUCUCAUGUGGCGAUGGAGGCACGCGGUAUAGAACUCGAAGUUGCACCAACCCCAAACCUCAGUACGGAGGUCAAAAUUGUUCUAACAUUGGUCCAACAAUGGAGACAAUUGAGUGUGGUAUGACACCUUGUCCUAUUCCAGGGGGCUACACCUCUUGGUCUAACUUUUCAGAAUGUUCUGUCUCAUGUGGCGGUGGGGGUACAUGGUAUAGAACUCGAAAUUGCACCAACCCCAAACCUCAAUAUGGUGGACAGAAUUGCUCAAGAAUUGGCCCACCUCUAGAAGUCCAAGUCUGCAACCUCACUCAUUGUCCUGUUCAUGGUAACUAUUCCGCAUGGUCAGCGUUCGGCUCGUGCAGUACUUCAUGUGGACACGGUUAUAAGACCCGAAACCGGACUUGUACGGAACCAGUACCAAAAUAUGGUGGCCGAAAUUGCUUGGGGUUAGGGUAUGAAAUAAGGACAUGCAAUCUUGGGGAAUGUCCUAUACACGGCAGAUAUGGUGAGUGGUCGAAUUUUUCAGUCUGUUCUCAGACAUGUGGCAACUCUACAAAAACCCGAACUCGCAUUUGUAACAAUCCUAUCCCGAGUUACGGCGGACGAGAUUGCAUGAACCUGGGUCCAGAUUCGGACACAGUCUCCUGCGACACACGGCCGUGUCCAAUCCACGGAAAUUUUUCCGAUUGGUCGGAAUUUUCACCUUGCUUUAAAACUUGUGGAAAUAGUUCUAAAAUUCGGCGACGAUUUUGCACGAAUCCAGCUCCCCGUUUUGGAGGCGACAAUUGUUCUGUGCUUGGGUCAGAUUUUGAAGAGGUUCCGUGUGAUCAAGCCCCAUGCCCCGUGCAUGGAAAUUUUUCCGAGUGGUCUGAAUUUUCGAAAUGUUCACGUACAUGUGGAAACAGUGUUAAGAAAAGGUAUCGAAGUUGUACCCGACCGAUCCCGAUGCAUGGUGGGAACGAUUGUUCGAGCCUAGGCCCUCUUGUCCAAGUUGUGAAUUGUGAUGUCCCACAAUGCCCUGUAAAUGGAAACUACUCCGAAUGGUCUAUGUUUAGUGUUUGCAGUCACACUUGCGGGAAUGGGACGCAAUUUAGAACUAGACAUUGUAAUAACCCAUUGCCUCUUUUCGACGGGUUGAAUUGUUCCACACUCGGCCCCAGUAACGAAACUCGUCCAUGCCACACACAGCCAUGCCCGAUUCAUGGGAACUUUUCCGAGUGGUCUGAGUUUUCGGGCUGCAGCGAAACGUGCGGGUUAGGUGUCAAAAUUCGCUAUCGAUAUUGCACUAACCCCGAACCUCGAUUUGGCGGUGACAGUUGUUCGAAACUAGGACCUACGAGUGACGCCACAUCCUGUGACGUAAGACCCUGUCCUAUUCAUGGAAACUACAGCACGUGGUCGUCAUUCGGACCGUGUAGUAAAAGUUGCGAUAAUGGUACGCAGAUUAGAAGAAGGUUCUGUACGAGACCAUCGCCUCUUUAUGGUGGACAAGAUUGUCACGUGUUUGGACCUAACGUGGAAACGAGGCAUUGUGAAACUCAACCAUGUCCAGGUAAUGCUGGGAUGUUGAUGGUAUAGUGGUUAGCGUAUGUGACUUCACUGUGAAUAGGUUUCCCCUUCUUCUUCUAAAAAUAGAUCAGCAUAGGAUGCCUUCACUGGAUCUCUAUUUAGUUGAUAUUUCUUCCUGCAGCAAUACGAAAUCAAGGAUGACCCUAGAGCCUUGAUGGGAGAGAGUUCAUGAGAGUAGAAUGUGGGAGUUUGCAUGAGAGUUUUCUCAACUCUGAUAGCCCGGUCAAACGAGAACAAGAGUUGCAUGAGAGUUGAUGAGAGUUGAUGAGAUAUUACCGCGCGCGUCGCGAAAACUCUCAUGAACUUUCAGCAAAAUUUAAACCAGUUCAAAGUUGAUAAGAGUUAACAUGCGAUGAAGACACUCAUCAACUCUCAUUUUCGCUUAAAAUGAGCUUUAAGGCGAACAGUUUAGAACUGAUAGAGCUACUCAAAUGAAGAUUAAAUUGAUUUCAAUUGAAUUCAGUGCGUAUGGGAAUAGUAAUUGUACUGUGCUAUUUUUUACGUUAGAUAUUGAUUUCACUAUAAAGUUUAAGCUGGAUGAUAUGGUCUGGACUGAUGAGCUUUUGGUGAAUUCAAGCAAACUGUACCAGGAUUUAAGCAAAGAACUGAAAACAGCAGUAAGUACGAACACGUGAUCCGUUUCAUAGAUUGAUUAACUAAUGUUGAGAAAGAUUUUAUUUCUUAGAUAUUUGAACUCCAUAAAGACGAAGCUAUAAAAGAUAUAAAAAUCAUGGAAUACAGGCAAGCUUUUCUAUGUUUUUUUCCUGGACUAGAAGGCUUAAAAGCAGGGCUCUUAUACUGGACCUCUAGACAGAACAGUUCAAAACUGAUAGAUUUAUCCAGAAUUAAAGAGCUAGAUUUGUUUACGUUCAGUUAAUUCCUAAAAUGGCAUCAUCAAUAAGGGAUUAUCCUUACUGGACCUCUAGAAAAAACACUUUAGAACUGAGAGAGUUAACCAGCAACGAAGCUAGUCGUUUUAAGGAUUUAUACAUUUGAAAAGCGUUUCAGGAAAAUCUUUGAUUUUCCUCUUUUAGUCCAGGAAGUGUCGUGGCCACCAUGGAAGUCAUUUACUACUCGCAAAACUUUCCUGGUGCAAUGUCUCUUUACGAUGCCUUGUAUAAUGACCGAAGAAUUGGCCCGUAUGAAAUUACUCCAUUAAUGUUUACCUCAACAGACGGUAAGUUGGUAGUGAUAGGUUUUCCAGGUCUAACCAACCCCAAAUCACACAUAUAUAACAGGUGUGACUGAAUCUGCAAAUUUUGCUAUAUAUAUGAGCAUGUUCAUGAGUAUACUUGAUUUUGGUACAAGAUAUAUGAGCGUGUUCAUGAGUAUGCUGGUUUCAUUUCGUUUCAUAUAGUUCCAACACACUCAGUUCAAAAUUUAACAGCGUUCAAUCGUAGUUCAACGAGUCUGGUACUUCACUGGAAUCGCUUGUCAAGUCAGCCAAGUCAGAGCGCCAUUCUGGGAUACGCUGUUAUUUCCGAAGAGCUACCAUGGCCUGGCAAUGUAGGAUCAAACGAAACCAGGAUUACAGUCUUCCUAAAUACUACCAGAGGCAGGCUGGCUCAGUUACAGAAGUAUAGUUGGUAUAGAUUAAGAAUUUCUGGCAUGAACAGACGAGGUGUGGGAAUUCCUAGCGACCCUUUGAUCGUACUAACCGAUGAAGACGGUGAGUCUUCCAAUAUAUUCCCCUUGUCCGCCAUUUUUUGUCAGCAUGCGUUCUUCUGAAGCCAAGAGCACAGCCGAGAGUAGACCGGUCUGAAAUGUAUUUGUGUAAUUGUGUUUACAUUCAUCCCUCUCCGAAUUCAUUCGGUCUGAAGAUAGUCGGUUCGGUCGAGCGAGCAGAAUGACUUCAGACCGGUGUGAGCAAUUUUUCGUCCUGGUUUCAUGUGAACAUCUAUUAUAAAUUAUACUAUGACCAAAACGAAAUCAUCUCGGUUUGAGUUCCUCCUAGUCUCAUGUAAACGGUCGCCUUAUUCUUCUCUUCUUUUGACAGUACCCAAUGUGUCAGCGAAUCUCAAACCUGUUGGUUAUGAUAUGAGCUCCACAUCUCUGAAUAUUAGCUGGCAAACCAUAUCACGAGCCGACAUUAAUGGCAUUCUUCGUGGCUAUAUCCUGUUCUACAAACCAUCCUCAUCUAACGAGGGUGUUCGCAAUAUCACAGUACCUCCUGACUAUCUGUCUGUUCAUGUAACUGGCCUUAGAAAGUACACAGAAUAUGAACUAAGAGUUGCUGGUGUCACUUCGAAAGGAAUUGGAGGGAUGUCAGCCAGAAGUCUGGUGUACACUGAUGAAGACGGUACAAUACUUAAGCCUCAGUUAAACCAAGAUGAGAGUUGAUGAGAGUUGCAACUCUCACUCGUGUUUGAUCGCCAACUCUCAUCCACUUUCAUCAACUCUUAUCAACUUUCAUCAACUCUUAUCAACUUUCAUCAACUCUUAUCAACUUUCAUCAACUCUUAUCAACUCUUAUCAACUUUCAUCAACUCUUACCAACUUUCAUCAAUUCUUAUCAACUUUCAUCAACUCUUAUCAACUUUCAUCAACUCUUAUCAACUUUCAUCAACUCCUAUUAACUUUCAUCAACUCUCAUCAACUUUUAACUGGUUCAAAUUUUGAUGAGAGUUAAUGAGAGUUUUCGCUUAGUAUAUCCUUCAUCAACUCUCAUGCAAUUCUUGUUCUUGUAGUGCCAAGCGCAUCACCCGUGUUCCAUUCGUUUGGCAACAUGAGCUCAACAUCAAUUCAUCUUCAGUGGUACAAGGUCCUUAGCAACCAUCAAAAUGGCGUCAUCCUUGGUUACCGCAUAUAUUACAGAGUAUACCUUAGCAACGAGUCUUGGAAUAUGAUUGGUGUAGAAGAAAGAGAAACAAGUCGUACUGUAAAUAACUUAAAGAUGUUUACGAAAUAUCUGUUCCGAAUUUCUGCAUUCACAAGCAAAGGGGAAGGAAAUGUUAGCGAGAGCAUCUUGGUCUCAACAGAUGAGGAUGGUAAGGGUUGUCUAUGGAUAUAGACCUACAUCACAUACUUUUUCAGGGGAUAACAAGGGAUAACAGGGUACCAUAAAAACGAUAUGUCACUGCUAUCUUUAUUUUCACUGAUAUCGGUUUUUUGUGUCCCUAAUUUAAAAAUGCGUUGCGUUGGGGCAAUCAUUAAUUUUCUAAUAAAUUCUGAUCCUGAUAAAGGCACAAGUAUAUAAUAAACAUGUUAUCAUAAUCGGGACGAGGCGAUAUCAGUUUUAUCGCUUAUAGUGAUAUCGUCCUUCAAGCGAUAAAACUGGUAUCGACUCGCCCCUCAUAUGAUAACCUAUCAUUCUUUCGUAUUAACACGUUUGAAGUCCCAGUGCUGACACGCAAACAGACACUCAUUCAAAAAUUCUGUUUAGUUCCAUCCUUAGCACCUACCCAACUUGCGGCUGGCGCAAUCAACUCCACGUCAAUUUGGGUAAAAUGGUCUCAUUUAUCAACCUCUGGUUACAACGGUAUUUUGCGCGGAUAUAUUGUGAAAUACAGAAGAAAAAGUCACUCCGAGAAUAUAUCAGUGUCACCGACGAGUGGCGAAGUUAUACUUGGAAAUCUUUGGAAAUUUACAUUCUACGAUAUUCAAGUAGCUGGAUUUACAUCCAAUGGUCGUGGACCUUUUUCUGAGACUGUUCCAAUCCGAACAGACGAAGAUGGUAAGGAAACGUGCUGGUCCCGUGUAGUGCAGGGCGUAUACAACUUCAAACGGGUGGGGGGAGGGGGGGGGGGUUCAGGCCGUUCCGGGGCCAUGGUUCUCCGGGAAAUCGUUCUAUAUUUAGUCUUCGAAAUGGUAAUCUGAAAGCCUCAUAUGUCAUAGAUGAAGGCAUAAGAGGUUACCCCCCUCCCUCCCUCCCUCCAGUUUUCUUUACUUUACAACAACGUAUCAAGCAAGUUGUGUGCUUGUUUUACAAGUUGUGUGUUUGAAGCUGUAAGCAGGUUGCAUGUGACAGUUUUAGACCAACGUUGUGUACUGCAAAUCGCCCUUUAGGAAAAUAAAAUGAUUUUGCAGUCCUCAGAUUUGUAAGUAGUUGGAGCUUUCGGAGGUAACAAAAACCCUUCUUGGGAGACUCCGCAACAACUGUAUGUCUAAGAAUAUGUCAUUGUCGCCCAUUUAGUUCCCAGUACUUGGCCACAAAGCGUGUACGCAUACAACACAAGCUCAACAAGUAUUAAAGUAGCAUGGGACCGAAUUCCUCAACCUCGAAUUCACGGGAACUUGCGAGGCUACCGUAUUUUUCUCAAGAGAGCAAACGAAUCUGAAUGGGAAGGAGAGUAUAAUGUCUCUGAAACGAAUCGUAAUAUUGAUAUCGAAAAUCUGUGGAAAUACACAAAUUAUACACUAAGAGUGGUUGGUUUUACUACUGUUGGCGCUGGAGUGGCAAGUCCCGAGGUUGCUGUGCAGACGGACGAAGAUGGUAGGUGGUAAUUGGUGUAUUUGUGCAAUGGGAUUAAAAAGGAUAGAAGAAGCUAUGUAGCUUUGUUUAUACUGGAUAGCUCUAUCAGUUUUAAACUGUUCACUCUCGUGGUCCAGUAAGAAAAAGUAGGUAACUUUGUUUAUAUUGGAUACCUCCAUCAAGUUUAAACAGUUCACCCAGUAAAGGGCCAUCCAUCUUUCAUUGCUUCAGUGUUAUAGGAAAAAACCUAAACUGACUUUACAAAAUCCAGUAAAGAGUCAUUUUUUAAUUAUCCGAUAUUACUACUAAAACUAAACUACAGUAACUUUGUUUACAGUGGAUAGUUUUUCUAUCAGUCUUAAACUGGAAGCGCUCUCCUUACAUGCGACAACACGAGACCGAUUGAUACAAGCUUUUUUAAGCUUCCCUUACACAAAUGCAAUAGUUUUAAGUGACAGUUUAAGUUCUCUCUUUUAGUUCCAAGUCGCGCACCGGAGGAAUUCAAAGCCAUCAGCAAAUCAACUCCGACUUCAAUCCCUCUCACUUGGAAACCAAUAAGUGAUCAAUUUUACAUUCACGGUAUUUUACUUGGAUACAAAAUUGAGUUCGAAAUGACUCAUUUGGCUGGAAAUGCUUUGCAUGAACAUACUAAGACAGUCAUUCAUACUACGGGGCCUAAUAUUCUUUCACAUAAUUUGGUGGACCUCGAGAUUUAUGCUGUGUACAGAAUAAGGUUAAGAGCGUUUACUGUGAAGGGAGACGGAGCAUCGACUGAAAUAUCUGCAGGUAAUCUACGAUAUUGAAUAUGCCGUAGUCACCAACAUCGUGUGUUGCUCUAGUACAAUGCCAACUCAUUGUGUGUUUUACUCUAGUACAAAUCCACCUCAUUGUGUGUUUUACUCUUGUACAAAGCCGGCUCAGGUUCUUGUCUUUUUCUCUCCCUGUCGUGUUUACCAUCAGUAUCCUUGAUAUUUACAUCUUUUAUAUCAUUCAUCUCUUCUGUGAUAUCUCUUUUUCAUUGUUCCACUUCAUUUCCAACUUUAUAUUGAGCUCCACAUAUUCUUAUUACAUGUUCAUACCAUCUCAGUCUUCCUUUCCUCAUCUUCUUUGCAAAUUCUACCACUCCACAUCUUCUUCUGAUCUCUUCAUUCCAUAAUGUCUCUGACUGGCUCUCCUUCAUCUCUUCUCAUUACAUGUCCAUACCAUCUCAGCCUUCCUUCCCUCGUCUUCUCUGCAAAUUCUACCAUCCAAAGUAUUCUUCUGAUCUUCUCAUUCCAUAAUGUCCCUGACCAGCUCUCUUUUAUCUCGUCUUAUUACGUGCCCAUUAAAUCACUUGCUCCUGUAAAUCAUCGGCAUUUCUGAAGUUGUCUGCCAUCUUCUGUCUCCUAACGCAUGCUAAAACCCAUCAAUUGAAAGCGAACACUGGUUAUGUCAUUUUCCUAGAGACCUGCAGAUGUGCAUCAGAUUACAGAACGAAUUGGUGGAUCAACCCUCCCUAUAUAUACAAAAAUGACAGCAGAGUCUCUGGAAUUUUUUCAAAAAUCUUACCAGGCAUGGUGUCCACGUGUUGCGGGUUUUGUCACGCACACCCGCCGACGGUCAUGCGUUUCGAGAACCACGCGCGGGACACUUCGAGUUAUCUCAAACCUGGGGUGUCGGAAUUCCGGGACCAUGUUGGUGACGCUAUCGAGCUACAUUUCCCAAUGUACGGUCAGGUCUUUCAAGUGAAGUACUACAAGCGGUACGAGUUUAUACCCCUAGUCGAAUCUCCGGGGGUGAUUUUUCUCGUCCUUGAAGAUGACACCCACACUGCAUCUUUUAUGUUGUUGCAUGCCAUCGUGGAUACGUUACCGAUUGUCCUGCUUAUGGUUGCGUUCACAUCGGCGAUUGGGAUCGUCAUGUGGUGUGUGGAAAGUUUCAGCAACAACAGUCAAUUCCCACGAUCAUUUUUCCCUGGUGUCACCCAAGGAAUCUGGUGGUCUAUGGUUUCCAUGACAACCAUUGGGUAAUAUUAACUAAAACUAGACUGAAGCCCGGAUGAAACGAGGCUGAGAGUGCGUGAGAGUUGGCAGUCACGCGAGCUUGGUUAGCUGUUCUUCAAUGCUUUCCCAACACUAUCAUGUAUUCUAUUUAAGUUAAAACAUAGUUGGAACACUCAUCAAAACUUUAUUUUGUUGAUCUAGAGCUUGAAAUGUCCCCUGCAACAAUGUGUGACUGGCAACACUCAUCAACUCUCAGCCUCGUUUGAGCGGAGCUUAACUAUUAUUGCACUGGAUAGGUGAAAAACUGUUGUUCCUAGAUGAAUUUACCAGACAGCUCUAUCAGUUCCAAACUGUUGUUCCUAGAUGAAUUUACCAGACAGCUCUAUCAGUUCCAAACUGUUGUUCCUAGAGAAAUUUAGCAGACAGCUCUAUCAGUUCCAAACUGUUGUUCCUAGAGAAAUUUAGCAGACAGCUCUAUCAGUUCCAAACUGUUGUUCCUAGAGGUCGGCAGAAGUGUCUUUCCCUAUUGCUCAAGCUUUACUACAGAGUACAGGAGGAAAUUAAAUUAAACUCAAUUUAUCUAUACCAGACAGGUCAAUCAGUUCUAAACUGUUUCUUUCCCGAAUGUAACUGAAGGUGGAAACCUAAACUAAACUAAGUUUAAGUUAUAAGUUCUUUGAAAUUAAAUUAUAAGUUUUUAACUUUAAGUUCUAAUAGUUCUAAUAUAAAGCAAACCAACUGUGUAUAAUAGUGUAUUUAUUCUUUAUAUUUCCAUAGUUACGGAGACAAAUUUCCUCGCAGUUUUGCAGGGAGGAUCAUUUGUAUACUUUGGAUAUUAACUGGUUGUAUUAUAGUGUCGUUGUAUACCUCCAUUGUUACGUCAAAUAUCACGAUUGAAGUUGUCGCUGAACCAAUGAAAUUGUAUGGCAUGAAGGUAAGGUUAUGUGUACAUAUACCUUAAGCACUUUUCUACUGUCGUCUGUCCCAAUCUUCAACUGAGUUUUGAGGCUUAAUCUUUCUUUGUAAUUACAUUAUCUUGUGCAUGGUGGGUGAUUUUGGUGGAAUUGGGGGAGUGCUCUUCUACCAAAAUCUUCUAAAAAUUGAAAAACGGUAGUAGCCUUAGAUGCUUGUAUGAAUUUCCACUAUACCUUACCAACAGCGAAUAAAUGUUUAAUUUGAAAUUACUUUUCACAUUUUCUACGUGUUUUGCAUUUCAGGUGGCUGUUAUUCAAAACUCUUCUGAACAUCAACUUGCCGUGAGGAAAAAUGCCCGUGCUGAUUUAGGUAAUUUGGUAGUCUUUACUUGCAAUCAGAUCCAUGAGUGAGAAGCUUCAUAAAUAUAAAAUAAAUAAAACAAAAAUUAAGUGUAUAUUAUAUUCAAAUGAAUAUAUCCAUCUCGUUUUAGAGCAUUCUUACAAUAACCUCUACGACAUAUACAACGCUCUAACCAAAGGUUAUGUUAAGGGGGCUCUUGUUGAUGCGUACGUUCUUGGGAGUCGAAGAGACCUGUUUGAUAAUGUUGGGAUUCGCAUCAGUAAAAUAUAUGAUUAUUCCUCAGCGUACGGCGUUGUCUUGGCUGGCGAGGCCAAGAAGCUGCAGAAAUGUUUUCGCGAGUAUAUAAGCGAAAAUAGAAAAGAUAUUUUUCAGAUUAUCGAAGCGAAUGUUCAUACGAUUGAGGUAUGUUGUUGAAACCAUCAUUGGAUAUCAUUCUGUCUAUCUUUCGAUUGUGAUGUUAUAGAAGUACUCGUUCUUUAACCCCGUCGACAGCGGCCCAAAGUCUAUCUUUUCCGAAUUCUAAAGAAAAAUCUUAUUUCAAUUCUGUUCUUUUAGGAAAGUGAAGUGAGUCCGUCCAUUAAACGUGCAAAGUCGCUGAUUGAUCCGACGUUUAUCGUUUACAAGCAAUGUCUGUUCAUUUGUGUUGUUCUUUUUUGUCUCGCGUUUCUCUUGGGCGUCUUGUUUGAGUACUUUAAGAAGCUUUUAAAACGAACUCUUUGCCGCACAAAGUUCAUGACAGGUUAGAUAAUAAUGCUAUCAUUAGCAUGUUAGUUUUUUACUUUUUAUUUAACGUUGCCAUAGGUUUGUGUUAAAAUUGGCAAUUUCUGGUCACAACAUAACACAGCACAGCAAAAUAGAACAGAACAGAACAGAACAGAACAGAACAGAACAGAACAGAACAGAACAGAACAGAACAGAACAGAAGAACAGAACAGAAUAUUUUUAAAUGAAAUUAUAGAAUAGAUAUUUAUAAUAUUUUCACUAGUUUAUUCAAAAUACCUACUUACAUGCAAUAUUCGUUUCCAGAUCAGUCGAACAAGAGAGUGCAGUUUUUAACUACCCAAAGAUCUUUGCGGUAUGAAAUGCAAGAAGUAUUACUUGAAUUAACUAAAAAAAUAGAAAGAUUAAAAAGCAAGCAUCGUCGCGAAUUACAACAAUGGAUAAAGCUGAAAAAAUCUCUUAGACGAAAAAGACGUUCGAGCGAAGAUAGUGUUAUAUUUUCUGGCACUUCUGUGAUAAGAUACGACGAGCCGCAUCCAGAUUCUCCAUUAUUGCAAUUGAGGAAAUUGAUUGCCAACGGCGGUAAUUCAGACAGGAAUAAUAAUUCGCGGCCUGGAAGCACACAUGAAGAGGAAACUUUGGUGUGAGUGCCAGCUACAGAACUGUCGUGUGGUUGAGACACAACUGGAUCUAUGUGGAGUCCCCAGCAACACCCAGACCCGUGAUGAUGGUUCUCAAACAGAGUGGAGCUUCUCUCUAUAAAAGUCAGAAUCGAUUAUUUUACACAGUCCCAUCCACCCCCAGGGAAAUUCUGCACUUUCUGACAGAAGAGAUCAGACAUGCUCUUGGUUUGAGGCUAUUAGAAAUGUGAUUGUAACACCCUUCCAAAUUAAUUAAUAGAAUUGCUAAUAGCAGAUCGUAAUUGAAUAAUUAAAUCUGUUCCUAAAGAACAAUAAAGUUUUUCAAUACAGCAUAAGAUGGAUAUAUUGACUGAGGUAAUAGAGACGAUGCUUGUGAUGUUACUCUGAG